AUGGCUACAGUAGCCCAGAAACACUUUUUGGAAGGGCAGACGUACUCAGUCCCCCUGAUCCAACCAGACUUGCGGAGAGAGGAGGCGGUCGAUGCACUUCAGUAUCUGCAAAAGGUAUCGGGCGAUAUCUUCAACAGGAUCUCUCAGCGGGUGGAGGCCAGCCGGGCACAGCUUCAGGCAAUCGGUGAGAGAGUCACGCUUGCCCAGGCGAAGAUUGAGAACAUAAAAGGCAGCAAGAAGGCUAUUAAGGUAUUUUCCAGUGCCAAGUAUCCAGCCCCUGAACGGCUGCAGGAGUACAGUUCCAUUUUUGCUGGUGCAGAAGACCCAGCUAAACAGAAAUGGCCAAGACACAAGAUUCAGAGCAAACACCGAGUGCUGGAUGAGAAAGCUCUGCAGGAGAAGCUCAAGUACUUCCCUGUGUGCGUGAGCACCAAAAUUCACCAGGAGGAUGACGCAGAAGAAGGCCUUGGCAGCCUCCCCAGGAACAUCAGCUCCCUCAGCUCCCUGCUGCUCUUCAAUACCACCGAGAACUUGUACAAGAAGUAUGUUUUCCUGGAUCCUCUGGCUGGAGCAGUGACCAAGACCCAUGUGGCUCUGGAAACAGAGACAGAAGAGAAGCUCUUUGAUGCUCCUCUCUCCAUCACUGAAAGGGGACAGCUGGACCGACAGGUAGCUGAAAACUACUUCUAUGUGCCAGAUCUGGGACAGGUCCCUGAGAUCGAUGUGCCAUCCUACCUGCCAGAUCUGCCCGGCAUCGCUGCAGAUCUUAUGUACAGUGCUGAUCUGGGCCCCGGCAUCGCACCGUCUGCCCCUAGCAGUACUAUUCCAGAGCUGCCCACUUUCAACACUGAGUCGGUGGAGCCUUUGCAACCAGGCCUUCAAGAUGCUGAGCUAUUGCCGCCUCCUCCACCACCACCUCCCCCCCCACCUCCUGUUAUGCCAACUACUGUGCCUCCUCCGCCGCCCCUUCCCCAGCCCACAGCCCCCUCUGAGCCAGCACGGACAGCGAGCGAGGAGAGCAGCAAUGCAGUGCCUGCAGCUUCGGUCCAGGGAGCCCCGAAGGAAGUGGUGAACCCCUCUACUGGGCGUGCCAGUCUCCUGGAGUCCAUCCGCCAGGCCGGUGGCAUUGGGAAGGCCAACCUCCGCAGCGUAAAGGAGAGGAAGCUGGAGAAGAAGAAGCAGAAGGAACAAGAACAAGUGAGAGCUACGGGACAAGGUGGAGAUUUGAUGUCAGACCUCUUCAACAAACUGGUGCUGAGGCGCAAAGGUAUUUCAGGGAAAGGGCCAGGAGCCUCCGGAAAUCCUGAUGCUCCUGGAAGUCCUGCUGGUGCCUUUGCUCGUAUGUCGGACUCAAUACCACCCCUCCCACCCCCACAGCAGCCUGUGGGUGAGGAGGAUGAGGAUGACUGGGAGUCAUAGAUGGGGACAUUUGAGCACCAGUGUGAAUCC